AUGGAUCUCAAAGGUAAACGUGAUGUGCCUUUCAGGGUCCCUAUCUCUAGCAAGGAGUUCGCCGAUGUCAAAAUUCACGUACCCGCUAUUAGAUCACAAGGUCUUAAUCUGUUGCCAUGGGCAUCAACUUACGUACUCGCUGGCCAAUUACACAAUCUCGGCAUUGAACCACCGCGGAAGAAUGGGAUUAAUAUUCCAAUCUUGGAACUUGGAGCUGGCAUUGGGCUCGUAGGCAUGGUCGGCUCGAUGAUAUGGCGUCAACCCGCCAUUCUAACGGAUCUCAAAGAGAUUGUUCCUGGACUGGCAAUUAAUAUCGAUCUGAAUUCGAAGCUCUUGCAGCACUACGGUGGAUCGGCCAACGCUGGAUCGUUAGACUGGAAUGAUCCGGACACCCUUACUCUGCACGAUAAUACAACUAUAUCCGCGAAUGCGACCAAAGCGAACAUCAUCAUAGCCGCGGACACAAUCUAUGAUGACGAACAUCCUGAAAUGCUUGCGCGUACGAUUUCGAAGUGGCUCGCUCCUGGGCGGGAAUCAAGGGUCAUCAUAGUAUAUCCCCUACGCGUUGCAUACCUUGAUCAAAUUCGUGAGCUAUGGGAGCGUCUCGAAAGUAUGGGAUUGCAAUCCAUACACGAAGGUAGGGAGGAGGCCUCUGAGAUCGACGGCGCCACGUGGGACGACGAGCGACUCUGCGAAUGGAGUGUCUGGAAGUGGGAUUCCAACUGA